AUGGCCGUCCGGCCCGGCCUGUGGCCAGCGCUCCUGGGCAUCGUCCUCGCCUCCUGGCUCGGCGGCUCGGGUGCCCAGCAGAGCGCCACGGUGGCCAACCCUGUGCCCAACCCCGUGCCCGGCGCCAACCCCGAGCUGCUCCCCCACUUCCUGGUGGAGCCCGAGGACGUGUACAUCGUCAAGAACAAGCCCGUGCUGUUGGUGUGCAAGGCCACGCCUGCCACGCAGAUCUUCUUCAAGUGCAACGGAGAGUGGGUGCGCCAGGUGGACCACGCCAUCGAGCGGAGCACGGACAGCAGCAGUGGGCUGCCGGCCAUGGAAGUCCGCAUCAAUGUCUCGAGGCAGCAGGUGGAGAAGGUGUUCGGGCUGGAGGAGUACUGGUGCCAGUGCGUGGCGUGGAGCUCCUCGGGCACCACCAAGAGCCAGAAAGCCUACAUCCGCAUCGCCUAUUUACGCAAGAACUUCGAGCUGGAGCCGCUGGCCAAGGAGGUGUCCUUGGAGCAGGGCAUUGUGUUGCCCUGCCGCCCGCCGGAGGGCGUCCCCCCGGCCGAGGUGGAGUGGCUGCGGAACGAAGACCUGGUGGACCCAGCCCUGGACCCCAACGUGUACAUCACGCGAGAGCACAGCCUGGUGGUGCGGCAGGCCCGGCUGGCCGACACAGCCAAUUACACCUGCGUGGCCAAGAACAUCGUGGCGCGCCGCCGCAGCGCCUCUGCGGCCGUCAUCGUCUACGUGGAUGGCAGCUGGAGCCCAUGGAGCAAGUGGUCAGCUUGUGGGCUGGACUGUACCCACUGGCGGAGCCGUGAGUGCUCGGACCCAGCGCCCCGCAAUGGAGGCGAGGAGUGCCGGGGUGCUGACCUGGACACCCGCAACUGUACCAGUGACCUCUGCGUGCACACUGUGUCGGGCGCCGAGGACGUGGCCCUCUACGUGGGCCUCAUUGCCGUGGCCGUGUGUCUUGUCCUGUUGCUGCUUGUCCUCGUCCUUGUUUACUGCCGUAAGAAGGAGGGGCUGGACUCGGACGUGGCCGACUCAUCCAUCCUCACCUCGGGCUUCCAGCCCGUCAGCAUCAAGCCCAGCAAAGCAGACAACCCCCACCUGCUCACCAUCCAGCCAGACCUCAGCACCACCACCACCACCUACCAGGGCAGCCUGUGUCCCCGGCAGGACGGGCCCAGCCCCAAGUUCCAGCUCACCAACGGGCACCUGCUCAGCCCCCUGGCGGGCGGCCGCCACACGUUGCACCACAGCUCGCCCACCGCCGAGGCUGAGGACUUCGUGUCCCGCCUGUCCACCCAGAACUACUUCCGCUCCCUACCUAGAGGCACCAGCAACAUGGCCUAUGGGACCUUCAACUUCCUCGGGGGGCGGCUGAUGAUCCCUAACACAGGAAUCAGCCUCCUCAUCCCCCCAGACGCCAUCCCGGGAAAGAUCUACGAGAUCUACCUCACGCUGCACAAGCCCGAGGAUGUGAGGUUGCCCCUAGCCGGCUGUCAGACCCUGCUGAGUCCCAUCGUUAGCUGCGGGCCCCCCGGAGUCCUGCUCACCCGACCCGUGAUCCUCGCCAUGGACCACUGCGGGGAGCCCAGCCCCGACAGCUGGAGCCUGCGCCUCAAAAAGCAGUCGUGCGAGGGCAGCUGGGAGGACGUGCUGCACCUGGGCGAGGAGUCACCCUCCCACCUCUACUACUGCCAACUGGAGGCCGGCGCCUGCUACGUCUUCACCGAGCAGCUGGGCCGCUUCGCCCUGGUGGGCGAGGCCCUCAGCGUGGCGGCGGCCAAGCGCCUCAAGCUGCUUCUGUUUGCCCCGGUGGCCUGCACCUCCCUCGAAUACAACAUCCGAGUCUACUGCCUACACGACACGCACGAUGCACUCAAGGAGGUGGUGCAGCUGGAGAAGCAGCUGGGCGGACAGCUGAUCCAGGAGCCCCGCCUCCUGCACUUCAAGGACAGUUACCACAACCUGCGCCUGUCUGUGCACGACGUGCCCAGCUCCCUGUGGAAGAGCAAGCUCCUGGUCAGCUACCAGGAGAUCCCCUUUUACCACAUCUGGAAUGGCACGCAGCAGUACCUGCACUGCACCUUCACCUUGGAGCGCGUCAGCCCCAGCACCAGUGACCUGGCCUGCAAGGUGUGGGUGUGGCAGGUGGAGGGCGAUGGGCAAAGCUUCAACAUCAACUUCAACAUCACCAAGGACACGAGGUUUGCUGAGCUGCUGUCUCUGGAGAGUGAAGGGGGGGUCCCAGCCCUGGUGGGUCCCAGUGCCUUCAAGAUCCCCUUCCUCAUUCGGCAAAAGAUCAUUACCAGCUUGGACCCGCCCUGCAGCCGGGGUGCUGACUGGCGGACCCUGGCCCAAAAACUCCACCUGGACAGCCAUCUCAGCUUCUUCGCCUCCAAGCCCAGCCCCACAGCCAUGAUCUUGAACCUGUGGGAGGCCCGGCACUUCCCCAACGGCAACCUCAGCCAGCUCGCGGCAGCCGUGGCCGGACUGGGCCAGCCCGAGGCCGGCCUCUUCACCGUGUCGGAGGCCGAGUGCUAA